CUCCAGCAUGCGCACGCACCCUGACAGUCAUCUCGGACCCGAGCAGAGUGGAGACGUCAAAGACGCAGUCAGGAGUAUUCUGGCUGCAACUCAUUUGCAACGCUUUGACUCGCUCUAACCUCGACCUCACAAGGAUCGGUGACAAGCGGAUGUUGCGUUACAUGCCUCACACUAAAUAGGUCUGACUGCAAAGACUCCGUUUGUUGAAAAUGUGACACCCGAGAGGUGUUCAGGACAGCUCAACGGCAUCGUAUCGACGUCCGAGAUGUGGCCCCCGGACUUCGGACCCAUGGACCUUGGACCCCUGGACUCCCGGACGACUCUUCCUGGUUUCUUCCGAGACGGAGAGGACCACCAGGGAACACUGUAUUCCGGGGUCCAGUCAUCGAGUGGUGUCGUGUUUUGCUGCGCGCCUAGGACUUCCGUGGCCUCUCUGGAUCUCACCUGCGGGUGCAAACCUGACAGCACCAAGAAGGGAUUCUGCACAAGUCCUAAAAUCUCCAAGGGAUUCUGCAAUAGUUCCCAGACUACCCUUCCCGUAUGCCACGAUCUUCCCGGGUGGACCGCAACUCAAAAAUUAGCGGAGGAUGUAAAACAAGAGCCGGCAAAGGAAACCACGGUACAUGAUCGGCGGUGUCUUUGGACCGACUGCAGCGCUACCUGCAAGAGUCAGGAGGAACUUGCGAGGCACAUCGAAAAGGUGCACGUGGACCAGCGUAAGGGCGAGGACUUUGCCUGCUUCUGGGACGACUGCAUCCGACGUCAAAAGCCCUUCAAUGCACGGUACAAGCUGCUCAUCCAUAUGAGGGUGCACUCUGGGGAGAAGCCCAACAAGUGCAUGUUUGAAGGCUGCUCCAAGGCAUUUUCUCGCUUAGAGAACCUGAAGAUCCAUCUGCGGAGCCACACGGGGGAGAAGCCGUACAUCUGCCAGCACCUUGGCUGCUCCAAGGCCUUCAGCAACUCAAGCGAUCGCGCCAAACACCAAAGAACACACCUUGACACGAAGCCGUACGUCUGCCAAAUCCCGGGGUGCGCCAAGCGCUACACCGACCCGAGCUCUCUGCGGAAACACGCCAAGACUCAUUCGGCCAAAGGUGUGCGGGAGGCCCAGGUUCAAACUGACUCUGUAGCGGAAUCAGCUCAAACCAGCUCAGCUCUUCCGGGCUUCAACAACGUUCCAGGUUCUUACACAAACGGAGGUAGCUCAGACUCUGUGGUGGCCCCCCGGGUGGAUGUCCACCAUUACUGCACGGAGGAAAGCUUCCAAGGGAUGGAAGCGCUGUUUGUGAGGUCAGACGACGCUCGACUGCUGCAACAACAACAACAACAACUAGUGUUCCCCAGCGAACUCUUUGGGGAGAGGAGGCUGUUUCGGCCAAUAGCCGACGAAGGUGUUGCCCAAGUGUCGGCGUAUUUCCCACAAGCCUCGACAGCGCCCCCUGCAGGGUUCGAUUUGAUCCACGACCUGCACGACGACGACUUCCUGUUCCACACGGGAGAUGUUGACCGGUGCCUUGGUCUCAUGGACUCGUGACAACCGUGCCGGAAACCCAGGGAAAACAACAACAACAACAAAAAAAGAUGUGCUUGGAGGUCCAUUUUUGCUAUAUGUUCUGCAUUUAUUUACUCAACUGCGGAAGAAGAAUGUCUCUCUUCAGUCCCCCCAAAAAUCAAAGAGCUGUUUUCUUGUAAAUGUAGCUCCGGAAAAAUGUUAUGCUUUCUAUGUCCAUGAAGUUGCUCCAACAUGCUAUGUUUAAGCAGCAAAUAUGGAUUUUGUGCUAAGAUUUAAGAUAACUUCAAACCUUGAAUAACAUCUAUCCAGUCAAUGGUUGUCAUUUUAGUUCAUGUUGCCAUCUAUUGUACAUUUCUAUCAUUACAUAUAUGGUCAACUUAAUGCAACAGUCAUGAAGGAGGGGGAAAAAAGGUUUUUAUCCCCCAAAACAUUUAAUAAUACUUUUCCCAUGCAGUCAAUGACAACCAUACUGCUCCGAAAUUGAAUUGAAAGUCUUUUGGCUGUGACUUUGGGACUCAAGAAGUUCCAUCUUUUUGAUUACGCAGAGCUCACAACUUGCACACUUGGUUCUUUUUGUAUUUCACAUAUUGUUUCAUCACGUCUUGCCGCAGGAUAUGUCUCCAUCUUGCCUCACUUCCAUAACGUCAAAUACUACAUUUUAACUUGGAUUUUCUCCCAUUAAGAUGUUUACAUAAAAAUUUCAAAAUCAUCUUGUAUAUUUGAAUAAAUUACGUUUAUACAUAUA